AUGCAGAUUGGGAGCAGAGACACGGACUCAAACUACAAAGUGCUGAUUAGGAUUCAGGAGCCGGGUCCCCAGGCUCCCCCUGGGGCCGCCGCUCAGGGUGAGAGCUGGAAAUAAACAUGAGGGGGGUCUCUCGCUCUGUCGUUCAUUAGCCAGACCAACCUCAGGUCAGCCCAGCCCGCCUCCUGGCCCCGAGACCACCGCCUGCAAUUGA